CUUUCCCUCUUUGCCAAAAACUUUUAGCACCGUGUUUUCCCCCUUAGUCUUCUUGAACAUUUUCUUUCCCUCUCCUUAUACAAUCUCUUCACGCUGCGAACCCUUGAUGUUUCGCCCUAGUUUCCCCGACCUGAUCUCGUGUCGUCGAUUCCAAUUUUUUGCCUCUUCUUCCAGGCUCCUCCUCACCUCCUCUUCUUAUCCUCUUUUCUUUCGCCUUUGCAUCCCAUCGAUCACUCCUCCUCUCCUAUAGCUUAGAACCCUAAUCUCAAGGUAAAGUUUACGAUUUCUGAUGAUUUCUAUGAUUUUUGUGUGUUUUUUUUACUUUUUUGGACGGAUAUGAUUGUCUUUGCUGCAGAUCUCGCCAUGAAGAGGGGAAAAUCAAAGACUGACACUCUUGAGAAGGCUAAUACGAAGUGAGAUUCCAUUUCUCCUUUUAAUGUUCUUAGCAGAUCGAUCGGUGUUGAAAAAGUGUGAUUUUGGGAGGGGGAAUUUAACGCUUGUUUUUCGACAGUAACUUAUCUAGUAAUCUGUCUACGUAGGAAGCUGCAAAUCCCUUUGAGUUCUGUGAUGUGGUCACCACCACCACUCAUAAGAGUCUCAGAGACCCUAGGUCUGGCAUGAUCUUCUAUAGGAAAGGCCCUAAGCCACCAAAAAAGGGAUGGCCAGAAGACGCAGCUUAUGAUUUUGAGGACAAAAUCAAUUUUUCUGUAUUUCCAGCUCUACAAGGUGGCCCUCACAAUCACCAGAUCGCUGCACUGGCUGUGGCACUGAAACAGGCUAUGUCACCAGGUUUCGAGGCAUAUGCCAGGCAGGUCAGGGCAAAUGUUGUUGCUCUUGGGAACUAUCUGAUGAGCAAGGGAUACAAGCUCGUGACAGAUGGAACUGAGAACCACCUUGUUCUCUGGGAUCUUAGACCUCUGGGCUUUAUUAACCAUUAGAUUCCAUCACGCAACUGUUUGUUUGCUUAUCUCGUCCAGGUUGAAAUAAGAACCUCCAAAUUCCAAUUUUUUGCCAGGAAACAAGGUUGAGAAACUCUAUGAUCUUUGCAAUAUCACUGUCAACAAGAAUGCUGUUUUUGGAGACAGCAGUGCAUUGGCUCCUGGCGGUGUCCGUAUUGGUGACACCAUGAAAGAUUCUAACAAGAAAAAUGCUGCAAAGAAGCAUCUAUUAAACAUGUUGGGUUCAAUCUCAGCACCCGCAGCAUUUGCUAAAUUUCCUCCUAUGUCUGGAAAGGUUGUUGCUGCCCACACAGCCAAUCCAAUCCAUGUAACCUCUGGGUUUAUUCGCAUCUAUAGUUCAACCAUAUCAGAAAAUGUCGUGCACGGGUCAUCCCAGAAGAAUGGACAUGCACAUUGCAUGCUUUCCUACAGCGUGCCUGAUGAAUCUACGAGAAAGCGUCAGGUUAAUCCUGUGUCGAUGGUGAUCCAAGGAGGCAUGUACUUAUUCUUAGUCUCAUGGCUAAUUCUUACCAUUAUCUACAAAGCGGCAACUGGAUACAUGGCAAGAAAGAAGGUUAUAUAGAUCAAAUAUUCACAACCGCAUAUACUGCUAGUCUUGAUAUUGUGAAAAUUAUACGAAUGAGCGGAUAUGGUCUGCUAGUUCUUGGUUCUUCAUUGAAUUUUUGGUACAAUUUUCUCUCAAAAAUUCUACCAAAGCAAGACAUAAUCACCAUUCUGAAGAAAAUUUUAAUUGGGCAAACUACAUUUGGUCCUGUAAUGGCUGCUGUGUUUUUCUCAGUAAAUGCAUUUUUACAAGGUGAAUCUGGCAAUGAGAUAUUUUCCAGGUUAAACAGAGAUUUGAUUCAAUUCCCACUAUUAAAUCUAGAUUUUUGUACUGGCCUCUGUGUGAUUUCAUUACAUUUAAGUUUGCCCCAGUUCAGUUACAGGUAAAUUCCUCACUGUUUUGUCACUACACAGCAUGGUAUGGUGAAGAUUGGACUUUUUGAUGGAGCUAGUAUGGGGAAGACUGGAUUUAUUAUGGAACUGAUGAUCAACAAUAUUAGAAAUGGUUGGCAUGAAAGAAUCAACAAGUGAGAAAGAGAAGUCCAAUGAAAUCCUACAAGUUGAAGAUUGUGAUGGGACUUGGGUUGAUAAUAAUUAAGUGCAAUCCUACAUGGCAUGAACCAACAUCACAAGUUUCUAGUCUUUUGGUUAUUGCUUAUUACUUGUAAAUAGAGUUUAUUUGUUUAUUUGUAAUUGGGAUAAAUUUUAUUUGAACAUGAGAUAUGUUUAUUCUUUUGUGAUUGUAAUUCUUGUAUAACUAACAUUUUGAA